AUGAAGCAGGAGUCCUGCGACGGCGAUGUCCUGCUCAGGCCUAGAUCGUGCUCGUCAUCAUCCACCCCAGAGAGCGACCUGUGUCGAGAUGAUACCGACGACAAUGGCUACUAUGACUUUCCCAUGGACCUGCGGAAAAAGUCGCCUAAGAGCCCAAACUACCAAUCAGGCGACGAGGAAUCUCAUCAGCAUCGGCAGGAGAAUGAUGCACCGGAGGAUUUAUCAUCAAACAAGUCGUUAAUUCCUGAAACCGAGAGCAAUAACUACAAAGACCAGGCGGUAAAGAGGGCAGUAAGCUGCUCAAAGCUCUUCGAGAUCACCAGUGAGAGCCUUGUGGAGCGGCUGAUGCGAGCACGCUGCAAGUCUGAUAGCGAAAUACAGAACCGCCUAAAUAGUGACACUAUGAAACCUUCCAGCAACGAGGAACUUUCGAUCUCCUCUCCACCACCACGGGAUCAGCGAUCACCAUCCCUGACGCUUAAAAGAAGGAUACUAGGUGGAAUAAAAACUCCGGAGCGAGGUUCCACAAAAGAUGAAGACGAGGCUGACUGCAAGCAGGCACGGGUUCGCAUCGAAACUAUCUCAAAGCCGGACUCACGACCAUGUUCCCCAAUCUGCGACCCAAGGGCGCCACAAGAGACUCUCUUGCAACAGCUGCGGCAUCUGGCUCCCGCUGCACUUCCGCUAAGCAUAUACGCUUACUACACCCAGAUUAUGCAACGGCUGCACGAGCACGAACUCCUGAAACGGCACCUGGAGGGCAUAGCUGCGUCCGGUGUGAUGCCGAAUCCACUCCUCGCACAGGUGACUUUGGCCUCCCCCAUGGCGCCUGGGCUGGAACCACUCGAGGAGCAGGAUGAACUGGGACCAGCAGCUGGGAACCAUCUGGAGUCCUACAACUGCGGGAUGCGCAAGAGAGCCCCACGCGCGCUAACGGGCAAGCACGUCAAGCACGGUACCGGGGCCAGUCCAUCGACACUACUGACGUUAAGGCAGAAGAUUCAAGAACGCCAACGAGCGCGUCAGUUAGGCCUCCUCGAACCCACGGUACGCAGUCUCAAGGGGACGAGGAAGAACUUCAGCAAAGGGUCCUCCAAUGGCAAAAAGCAAGCCGUGAAAAAGUGAAUACCACAUAGCAUGCGUUUACCAUAACACGAACAUUGCAGCUGGCAAAGCGAACUACGCAUGUAGGCAAAAAAAAAAAAGAAAAGCAUCCUUAGAUGAACGCCAGGCGCAAACGCUGUGGAGGUCUUCGGACGCUCAAAUGGUUGAGGAAGGUGAACAAGGAAGCAUUUCAUCAUCUGUAAUGAAAAUCUCAGCUGUUUCUUUCACCCAUGUGGUCCCGCAGAGCGCAGUUACAGAAAAAUAGUCUUUUAUUGAUUAUCUGAGCAUGGCAUUCGAAAGUUUAGUUUUUGCCGGCACAUUACUCAAGCCCGGCAAUGUCUUAGCUGGCAAUCUGGGAAAAUAUCCUGUUGCCUUACUGCCACUUAAUUUCAUAUGACGCUGUACGUUCUGCACAUGGUGGUACAAUUACUGUCUCCUACAGCCAAAGAUACGUGUUGACUCGUUAUGCUCGCACAGAAAAUAACAAUGCAUACAGCAUAACUAUGGACUAUGUCAAACGUUAGUAUGAUUAUGAGACAUGUCAACAAGUCACUAUUCAUGAACCUGACGAAUGCACUAAAAGGCAUCGUGCUCAAGUAAACUGAAUUUGUGUAAAGUUCAGGUCAUUGAUGUCAGCCAGCUAUAUUAGUAGCAUUUGUUUACUGGAUUGCCGAAUGAAUAUUUUAACUGUGCGUUGGCACAGCAAUAUAAUCAAGCAGUGUAAAUGUUUGUACGCUAUAGAAUUUAGAAGGGCUUCAAUAUUAUAUUUUGAUCCUGCUUCAUGAAACUUCAUCAACAGCUCAAUACAGGGUGAUUUUUUGGAUGAUUUUUCGGCAGAGACACGUGGUCCUUGACAGAAAAUGUAUUUACUGUGCCGUUUAUUUCAGAGCGGCAAUUACUUCAAGUUGCGUUUUCCACAAAGUGUAUUUUAAACCAAUGCACGAAUUUACUCAAGCAAUUCAUCUCCGAAAGCGAAGUCUUUCCUUUAAUUGCAACAGUCUCGUGAAACACAUGCAAGAAGAAAAAAAAACACUCUGCGAAGACUACAUUUUCAAAGAAUUAAAUUACUGGUAAAAGCACACAGGAUUGUGCGCUCCAAUCAGUAAGUUCAUCAAAGCCCUUGUGGAUUUUGAAUGAACUUACCGAAAUCUGUCAGCUUCUACUAAAAUCUCGAACUUUCACCAUUCCUUCAAUGCAGUGCUUUCUUUGCCACCUGAGCGAGCUACAACAAUAUUGAUACAUCUAGUGCUGUUUAAAAUGGCGUAAAAUGACGACCAUAUAUUGGCCCACAUGCCUGCGUACACAUAACAUAUGUCGUCGUCCACCACGCAUCUGGUAUGUCCAUGUCCUUUCAAACAAGUAACUUUUACAUUCCAUGAAGGAGCUGAGAAAUGCACACGUUGUAGCGAGGGCUUCGUGUAUAAGAAAGUGUAUACUUCAAGCUGAAUUUUUAAAACAAGACCUACAUGCAUCUCUAUCAGUUUGACACAAGCUUUCUUCUAUGAUUCUUGUUUGGGAAGACCUAUACAUGUAGACUGCACUUUGCAUUUUACGUUCUAUGUUAUCUUAUCACAACAUUUCAUUUGAGUGUCCGUCCGUGUAUAUUCUUCUGUAUCAUUACUCAUACACAACUUUACGUGUUUUCUCUGUGCUAUUAUCAUUGAUUGCUGAUUGCUUGGCAUCAAACUUUUAUGCGAUAAAGAAGCGUCUAUCAAACAAUAAGUAGUACGCAAAGAAAAACACUGCUCUCUAUUUUUCGGCGACAAAGCGGUUAAGCACAAAAUUAAGAAGACGUUUGAACGCUCGUAUUAGCCUUGCUUAAGGAGUAAAAAGGCGCCAGAUCUUAUUUUUUCAUGAAGAUUUCGUGUCAUGUUUAUUCUCGGUAGCGCACACAGUGAUUUCUUUACCACUGCUCUUCCGGUGACAAGUGGCGCAAUUCUGGACAUGUUGUCAUUCUUGUUAGCAAGAAACUACGCAAUCGCAUACAACACAAAUUUCCGAAAGUAAUCUUCAACAGCUAAUAACUAUAUUCAACAAUAUAUAUUCGGCUAGAUUUCUUGGAAGUUAAAGUUGUCGGCUAUGUAUGAAACAUAGGAUCGUUUCCGGGCUCUUUUACGUAAAUUUAGAUAGUGAACGCGCACCUCCUCGGUCUCUUUGCCUUAAGGCAAGUAUUAGCCUGUGUAAAGCAUUGGCUCUGGUAUUUAAUGUGAGGUAAGUGUUGUGACUGUACUACUUGACAUUCCUUUUUAGUUGAAAGAGGGGUUUACAUCGAAGAAGGGUGACACAGCAUAUACGAGAAUGAACAGGUCUUAUCAACACCACCGCGACAAUUAGUAUGCCGCUAUUGUGCAACGCACACUUGAGGUCAGCAUGCUAGGAAACAAAUUCCGGAUUCUUUAACAUUGUUGCAUAGUUCGCAUAAAGAUUGCUUUCGAAGUAUCACAUGGCGUGACGGCUACGAAUGCAAACACAGAUGAACCUAUGCAGCAACUGCCAUAAGCGUCCUAAAAGCACUGUAAUUUCAAGUAACGUUGAUUGUAAGUUGGCCUGGUUAUGAUAAGAAACAUAUUUUUAGAUUAAAGUCGCAAAAGCACCGAGGACGCACUACUCUACUGCUGAUUCGCUGUGGUAAGUGUACAAAUAAAAUGGAAGAUGAAAUUGUGCGAAACCCACUCUUGCUCAUUAGCCUGACAAAGUAAUAACAUAAUCCACAUUGUUUUUGGUUCAUUGGUGCAGGGCAUCAGCACCACCACAAGUGAGGCUCUCCUUGCACUUGUGUUCUCUUCGAGGUUAUGCUAUAAACUAUUCCAAGCGAUAAACAGAAUACCAUAGCAUAAGAUGACCACCGCAGAACUAUAGGUCCAAAAAAUAUUGAAGCCCACCUGAUACCGCUGUAUAAUCUGAACAUAUUUUGCGGGAAUAGGAAUGAGCAGUCCUCACCUUUGCAACAACAGGACAUUGGUCAAUUAUGAAAGUGACACUGUUUCUGCAACACUUUCUUUACAACCAACUUUAAAGGUUGUUGUUACACUGCUCACAGUAGUAAUAUUCCUUGAAAAUGUACGCCUACUUGCUAUUUCUGCUAUAUGAUGGGAGUGGGAGCCAAUAUGCUAAUUGUGUUUUGUCUACAGCUGCCGGCAGUGGAACAUCGCUUAUCGAGUAAAAAAUUCUACAAGUGUUUCUGUAUAUCCUCAUGUGUGUCCAAAAGCGUUGAUAUUUAUAUUGUACCUUCUGUAAUAAAAUGAUCAUUUUAUCAACUCCAA